AUGCCUGACGGAGACGUUGAUUCUCAAUAUGGAAUUCGCUUUUUCUCCACAGACCCGAGGUAAGAAGUUAUUCAUGGCAUUUAUAAAUAAAUUUUGCUCUGUUGGUUCAUGGUUCUUCUUUUCGGUUUUUUUGUUACCAAGUUGUUUUCAGACUCCCGAAAAUCCCCUCGACUGAAGUUUCGGUGCCUGUGAACUUAGAUUCUGAUGGAUUAAAUGAGAUUUUAGCUGUCCAAUUGGAUGAAGAAGGUAUGGUUAAUAUUCUUUUGUUAUUUUUGAUUUUUAGAAGAGUUUCAGAAUAAUGUGAGCUUUCUCAUCAAUGAUAAGCUGUUGUCGACAAGUUUGUUUGAAUUUGUCACAUCGAAUGAGCUGAGUACGGAAGGGGUUAUUGAAGUAGAGUGCUUCUUGGCGGAAUCUGCUCCCAAGCCAGAAAAGUCGAUCAAUGUAGAAGAUUGGGUGGCUGAUGUGAAAGUUAACGACAAAUGGUACGUUUGGAUGUCUUUUGGUUAUACUUUUGCCUUAAUUUUUGCGAUUUAAACAUUCGAUUUGGUUUAAUGAUGGCUAAAAGAAUGAAAUUUUUCUGAAAAUGGUUAUUACUUUAAACUUUUUUAGGAUUAUUGCUGCCACCUAUGACGGAGAGCUCAGUAUCUUCUCUCACAAGGGAAAUAAGUUGCAUUCCACCAAAAUCACGGACGAUUCACUUCGAUGUCUUCAAUGUUUUACCCACAAUGGUGAAGAAUAUGUUAUAACCGGUGGCUCUGGUCAAACUUUGACACUCCAUACUAUCGAAAAGAAAGAUCUCACGGCUACAAUUGCUUUUCGUGGUCAUGAACGAAGUAUAGAAGCAGUAACAGUCAAUAAAAAUGGAGACAAAAUUAUCAGUGGCGGCUUUGACAAAUGUUUGAAGAUCUGGGGAAUGGAGGCUUCUGAGACGGAUUAUGUGAAGCAUAAUGAAGAAAAUGGAGUGAAAGCGAAGAAAAAAAAGAAGGAGCUGAUUACCAGAGUGAGUUUUUGAACUUUCUAUUAGUUUUUGUUGUUUUAGGUGCCAAUAACAACUAUCGAAGCUCAUAAAGAUGCCGUUUCUGCGGCUCAGUGGAAUCCUAUCAACCAGGGUCAGCUUGUAUCGGCUUCGUGGGAUCAGAGCCUAUGUUUGUGGGAUGUGGAGACCACCGAACAAGUGAAUCGAUUAACCUCGAACAAAGCCUUUCAAGCGCUCUCAGUUCAAGAGUCGAAUGGGUUGAUUGUAACGGCUUCUAUGGACUCAACAAUAAGAUUAUGGGAUUUCAGAAGCCAAGGUAUGAGUUUUAGAGUAUUUUUGACUUUUUAGAUAACAGAAAUUUCAACUUUUUUACAUUUGUUUUACACUUGAUAUUGCAGAGGGAGGAAUGGUGAAAAAAGUAUUCCGCGGUCACUUCAACGUUGUCUCUGAUGUCUCCUGGAGUCAACUGAACCCGAAUCUGUUCGUUUCGGCAGGGUUUGAUGAAACUGUGAAACUUUGGGAUAUACGGUAAGUAGAUAUUAUUGUUUUUAUUUGUGCUUUAAUUUUUAGAAGCACCGACGCCUCUCUCUUCGAUAUAUCCGGUCAUAAAGGUCACGUCCUAUCGGUUGAUUGGUCGAACGAUGAACUCAUUGCAAGUGGAGGAAAAGAUUCAAGUAUCAAAACUUACAGAAGGUCCUAG